AUGCGUGCGACUCUUUCCGUAGUAGCCGGCCUCCUCGGCCUGGCCUCCGCCCUGCCCGCCGGCGACGUCGACUCCUCCGUCCUCGAGAAGCGCGCCACCCCGACCGUCUGGAUGUGCGGCGACAGCACCAUGGCCAAGGGCGGCGGCGGCUCCGGCACCGAGGGCUGGGGCCAGUACCUGCAGUACUCGUUCGACAGCAGCAAGGCCAAGGUCGACAACCGCGCCAUCGGCGGCCGCAGCGCGCGCUCGUACACGCGCGAGGGCCGCUUCGACACCGUCGCCGGGCUCGUCCAGUCCGGCGACUGGGUCAUUAUGGAGUUCGGCCACAACGACGGCGGCUCGCUGAGCACCACCGACAACGGCCGCACCGACUGCUUCGGCGAUGGUACCCAGACCUGCCAGACGACCUACAACGGCGUCGCGGAGACCGUCCUUACUUUCCCUGCGUACCUGAAGAACGCCGCAACCAAGAUGAGCGCCAAGGGCGCCAAGGUCAUCAUCUCCGCCGCCACCCCCAACAACGUCUGGGAGUCCGGCAGCUUCUCCUGGUCCGCGGACCGCUUCUACUACUACUGCUGGCUCGCCGUCCAGCAGCUCGGCGGCCCCUCCAAGGGCUUCUACUUCGUCCCGCACGGCGAGUACGCCGCGCAGGCGAUGAAGAACCUCGGCGCGACGACCAUCAACGCCAACUACCCCAACGACCACACUCACACAGCCCCGUACCUCGCCGACGUGAUGCACAAGGCCUUCGUCCUCGGCCUCGAGUGCGGCACCAGCGCGCUCGCCAAGCUGGCCAAGAACACCACGGCCUCGCUCACCUCGACCUACCUCGGCGCCUGCAUCGACAACUACAACUCCACGGUCCACGCUCUCCUGCGAUAA